GGCCUUUUCCCUGGGCCGGGUCAUGCGUUGCCGUAAGUGCCAGCUCUGCCUGUCAGCACUGCUCACACUCCUGGGCCUCAAAGUAUACAUCGAGUGGACAUCUGAGUCCUGGCUUAACAAGGCUGAACCCCGGGGCACCCUGCUCAGUCCCACACCACCCAGCGCUGAGCCCACUCUGCCCAUCAACCUCUCAGCACGCCUGGGUCAGACUGGCCCACUGUCCUUGGCUUACUGGAACCAGCAGCAGCGGCAUCUGAGAGUCCUGCCCAGUACAGACUGCCAGACUUGGGGGACUGUUGCUGCCUCGGAGAUCUUGGACUUCUUUAUGUACCCCCAGGACCUUCAGCGCUUCUUGCUAUCAGCAGCCUGUAGGAGCUUCCCACUAUGGCUGCCUGCAGGGGGAGGCAACCCAGUGGCCAGCUGCUCUAAUAAGGAUGUCCCCUACCUGCUCCUGGCUGUCAAGUCAGAACCAGGACACUUUGCAGCACGCCAGGCUGUGAGAGAGACCUGGGGCAGUGCAGUCGCUGGGACCCGGUUGCUCUUCCUGCUGGGGUCCCCAUUAGGAAUGGGGGGUCCUGACCUAAGAUCACUGGUAACAUGGGAGAGCCAGCACUAUGGUGACCUGCUGCUCUGGGACUUCCUGGAUGUUCCCUACAACCGGACACUCAAAGACCUGCUGCUGCUGACCUGGCUGAGCCACCACUGCCCCGACGUGAAUUUUGUCCUGCAGGUGCAGGAUGACGCCUUUGUGCAUAUCCCUGCCCUGCUGGAGCACCUACAGGCACUGCCACCCACCUGGGCCCGCAGCCUCUACCUGGGGGAGAUCUUCACCCAGGCCAAGCCGCUCCGCAAGCCUGGAGGACCCUUCUAUGUGCCGAAGACCUUCUUUGAAGGUGACUACCCAGCCUACGCAAGUGGGGGUGGCUAUGUCAUCUCAGGGCGCCUGGUGCCCUGGCUGUUGCAGGCAGCAACUCGUGUGGUACCUUUUCCCUUCGAUGAUGUCUACACUGGCUUCUGCUUCCGUGCCCUGGGCUUAGUGCCCCGUGCCCAUCCAGGGUUCCUCACAGCCUGGCCAGCAGACCGCACCAGGGACCCCUGCAAAAUACGAGGCCUGCUGCUGGUGCAUCCAGUCAGCCCCCAGGACACCAUUAGGCUCUGGAAACACCUGUGGGGCCCAGAGCUCCAGUGCUGAGCCUCAGAGACAAGCUAGGGUGGGGAUGCUAAGCCAUCUUGUGCCCGUCCUCAACCCUCCCUAGUCAAGAACUGGGUAGCAGACAAGGUGGUAGACUGUGCCCAUUCUUUCUCAUUUUGAA